UUGUUUCUUUCAGAUUAAUUUAAUUAUUUAUUAUAAUGGCAGGGGAGUGGUGUUUAAUCGAGAGCGAUCCAGGUGUUUUCUCUGCUCUUAUCAGAGAUUUUGGAGUGGAAGGGGUACAGGUAGAAGAAAUAUUUUCUCUCGACGAUGACAGUUUUGAAUCGUUAAAACCCGUCCAUGGAUUAGUAUUUUUGUUCAAAUGUAUUAAAGACUCCGAUCCCAAAGAAUCGAUUGUGCAAGACAGCAGACUAGAUGACAUAUUUUUUGCCAAGCAAGUGAUAACAAAUGCGUGUGCAACACAAGCUAUCGUCAAUAUUCUCCUAAAUGUAAAACAUGGCGAUGUACGACUAGGAAGCAUGCUUUCGGACUUUAGAGACUUCACUCAGGCGUUUGAUAGCGUUAAUAAAGGACUAGCACUCAGUAACUCUAUCCUAAUAAGAACUGUCCAUAAUAGUUUUUCGCGUCAACAAAUUUUUGAAUAUGAUAAUUCAAUGCCAAGAAAAGAGGAAGACAGUUAUCAUUUCAUUGGUUAUGUUCCGAUCGAUGGGCGACUGUACGAGCUGGACGGAAUAAAAGCUGGGCCUAUAGAUCAUGGAUCGUUCGGUGAUACAGAUUGGUUAAAUUUAGCACGAACAGCUAUUCAAAAACGAAUCAAUAGAUAUAAAGAAGGGGAGAUUCAUUUCAAUCUUAUGGCAAUUACAUCAGAUCGAAAAAUGGUUUUAGAAAAGCAAAUAAAAGAUCUUCAGGCUGCUGUAAAAUCAGGCGAAGAGAUGGAAACUGAAAAUCGAGACCAAUUUAUUUCCACAGAGAUUAAUAGAUUGCAAAAUCUUAUCGAUUUAGAGGAUGAAAAACGAAGAAAUUACAAAGUAGAAAAUGUCCGUCGAAAACAUAACUAUCUACCCUUUAUCGUAGAAAUGAUAAAAAUUCUUGCAUCUGAGAGAAAACUUCUCCCCCUUGUGCAAGAUGCGAAAGAAAAAUUGAAGGAAAAGGGGAAAAAAUCCUCUUUCUAAUAAGACCCCCUGUGAAGGCUGUAUAACUAUUCAUUUUGGUGUGAUGUUCACCCUUCAUCAGCAUUGCUCAUCUCGAAAUUGAACACUUGACAAUUUCAUUCAGUUGUUUUUGAACGAAAUAAUAUUAUAUUGAAUCAAACUUAAGUUCCUUCUAUUUAUUUUUUGUUUGUGUAUAUUCAGUGAAUUAAACCUGAGAGCUGUGGAAGUUUGUGGGCUGUA